AUGAAUGGAUCAAUAUUUAAGUUAUUAAUAUUUUUGAUCACAUUAAUAAAAAUUGUAUUGGCUGGUUAUAGUCCAUCAGCAUGUCCUGCCAUAAAUAACCGGACGCAAGGCUUCACUGCCCAGUUUUAUUAUUAUCCAUAUGGUAAUCUCAGGUAUUCUCAUUCUACAGAGUUUUUAAGCGGAGGAUACCUAAGUAUUUUAAAACCAGGACCAACAGUAACAGGUGUUACUAAUCCAUUCUUUUCGCAAUUUGGAGGACCAAUUCCUUUUUACCCUGAAUUUUCUGCGACAAAUUUUUCUGUGGCACUUUCUGGUUAUUAUGUGGCUCCUCAAACUGGUCUCUACAGAUUCUCUUAUCAAGUAGACGAUGCAGGUAUCAUUUUUGUUGGUGCUGGUACUGCUUUUGAUUGUUGUGCACAUAGUAGCGAUUUUUUUGGUACCAAUGCAACAUUUAUUAAUCAAUAUGAUGCUCAGUCUCCGACAAUAAGAGAACUUUACCUAGAAGCAGGUAGGUCUUACCCUAUUAAAAUAUAUUUUAUCAAUGCCCUUUUAAUUGCAAAAAAUCAAUUAACUGUUAUUCUUCCAGACGGAACAAAAGACACAAAUAUCGGCACUUCUGUGUAUUCAGGUUUUGAUAACUCUUCAGAUAACUGUGAACCAAUCUCUAUUACUUAUUCUUUUACUACUUCUACAAGUUUUACAACGUUUACAUCUAUUAGUAGUGUAAGCACACUAAAAAGUUUAAAAUCUAGAACUACUUAUGCUACGACUGUGACUACUAGUUACCUAGACGAUGAUCAUCCAGUUAUUAAAGAAAUCAUCCUUGUGGCUACCCCAUCUCCAGUGACAACAGUAAGCUCUACUACUACAGUAACAACUACUAUCACUAAGCUUACAACAACUACAUCUCUUACCACUUUUACAGGGACAGAUGGGUACAUGACCGUCAGUAAAAUUGUUAUGAUCGAAUCUCCAAUGUCAUAUGUUACUUUGUCAAGUACUGUUGCUCAUAGUAUCAAUACUUUAACAACAACUACCUAUACAACUGUUGUUACUAACUCUGGUGGUUCCAUUUUUGGUGAGGUUAUUGUCCUAAUUAAAACACCUUUUUCAUCAACUACCAUGACAACUAUGCGUAACGUUGCCUCUCUUACAACAACUACAUAUACAACUACAGUCAUAGAUUCUAAUGGAUCUUCUUCUCCAGAAGUUGUUGUUGUUGUAGUUACUCCAUCUCCAUCUACUACUUACAUUACUACUACUGCAGAUGUUUCUGCCCCAACUACAACCACUUACACUACUACAGUCACAGACAACAAUGGCUCUUCAUCUCCAGAAGUUGUUGUUGUUGUGAUCACUCCAUCUCCAUCUACUUCCUACACCACUACUACAGGUCCAGUUUCUGUCCCAACAACAUCUACUUACACCACUACUGUCACUGACAGCAACGGUUCUUCAUCCCCAGAGGUUGUUGUAGUAGUGAUUACUCCAUCUUCAACUGGUUCAACUAUCUACACCACUACUACUGCAGAUGUUUCUGCCCCAACUAUAACUACUUACGCAACCACUGUUACUGACAGUAAUGGCUCUUCCUCUGCAGAAGUUGUUGUUGUUGUGAUCACUCCAUCUCCAUCUACUUCCUACACCACUACUACAGGUCCAGUUUCUGUCCCAACAACAUCUACUUACACCACUACUGUCACUGACAGCAACGGUUCUUCAUCCCCAGAGGUUGUUGUAGUAGUGAUUACUCCAUCUUCAACUGGUUCAACUAUCUACACCACUACUACUGCAGAUGUUUCUGCCCCAACUACAACCACUUACACUACUACAGUCACAGACAACAAUGGCUCUUCAUCUCCAGAAGUUGUUGUUGUUGUGAUCACUCCAUCUCCAUCUACUUCCUACACCACUACUACAGGUCCAGUUUCUGUCCCAACAACAUCUACUUACACCACUACUGUCACUGACAGCAACGGUUCUUCAUCCCCAGAGGUUGUUGUAGUAGUGAUUACUCCAUCUUCAACUGGUUCAACUAUCUACACCACUACUACUGCAGAUGUUUCUGCCCCAACUAUAACUACUUACGCAACCACUGUUACUGACAGUAAUGGCUCUUCCUCUGCAGAAGUUGUUGUUGUUGUGAUCACUCCAUCUCCAUCUACUUCCUACACCACUACUACAGGUCCAGUUUCUGUCCCAACAACAUCUACUUACACCACUACUGUCACUGACAGCAACGGUUCUUCAUCCCCAGAGGUUGUUGUAGUAGUGAUUACUCCAUCUUCAACUGGUUCAACUAUCUACACCACUACUACUGCAGAUGUUUCUGCCCCAACUACAACCACUUACACUACUACAGUCACAGACAACAAUGGCUCUUCAUCUCCAGAAGUUGUUGUUGUUGUGAUCACUCCAUCUCCAUCUACUUCCUACACCACUACUACAGGUCCAGUUUCUGUCCCAACAACAUCUACUUACACCACUACUGUCACUGACAGCAACGGUUCUUCAUCCCCAGAGGUUGUUGUAGUAGUGAUUACUCCAUCUUCAACUGGUUCAACUAUCUACACCACUACUACUGCAGAUGUUUCUGCCCCAACUACAACCACUUACACCACUACUGUCAUUGACAGCAACGGUUCUUCAUCCCCAGAGGUUGUUGUAGUAGUGAUUACUCCAUCUUCAACUGGUUCAACUAUCUACACCACUACUACUGCAGAUGUUUCUGCUCCGACGACAGCUACUUACACUACUACCGUCACUGAUAGCAAUGGGUCUUCCUCUGCAGAAGUUGUUGUUGUUGUGAUCACUCCAUCUCCAUCUACUUCCUACACCACUACUACAGGUCCAGUUUCUGUCCCAACAACAUCUACUUACACUACUACAGUCACAGACAACAAUGGCUCUUCAUCUCCAGAAGUUGUUGUUGUUGUGAUCACUCCAUCUCCAUCUACUUCCUACACCACUACUACAGGUCCAGUUUCUGUCCCAACAACAUCUACUUACACCACUACUGUCAUUGACAGCAACGGUUCUUCAUCCCCAGAGGUUGUUGUAGUAGUGAUUACUCCAUCUUCAACUGGUUCAACUAUCUACACCACUACUACUGCAGAUGUUUCUGCUCCGACGACAGCUACUUACACUACUACCGUCACUGAUAGCAAUGGGUCUUCCUCUGCAGAAGUUGUUGUUGUUGUGAUCACUCCAUCUCCAUCUACUUCCUACACCACUACUACAGGUCCAGUUUCUGUCCCAACAACAUCUACUUACACCACUACUGUCACUGACAGCAACGGUUCUUCAUCCCCAGAGGUUGUUGUAGUAGUGAUUACUCCAUCUUCAACUGGUUCAACUAUCUACACCACUACUACUGCAGAUGUUUCUGCCCCAACUACAACCACUUACACUACUACAGUCACAGACAACAAUGGCUCUUCAUCUCCAGAAGUUGUUGUUGUUGUGAUCACUCCAUCUCCAUCUACUUCCUACACCACUACUACAGGUCCAGUUUCUGUCCCAACAACAUCUACUUACACCACUACUGUCAUUGACAGCAACGGUUCUUCAUCCCCAGAGGUUGUUGUAGUAGUGAUUACUCCAUCUUCAACUGGUUCAACUAUCUACACCACUACUACUGCAGAUGUUUCUGCUCCGACGACAGCUACUUACACUACUACCGUCACUGAUAGCAAUGGGUCUUCCUCUGCAGAAGUUGUUGUUGUUGUGAUCACUCCAUCUCCAUCUACUUCCUACACCACUACUACAGGUCCAGUUUCUGUCCCAACAACAUCUACUUACACCACUACUGUCACUGACAGCAACGGUUCUUCAUCCCCAGAGGUUGUUGUAGUAGUGAUUACUCCAUCUUCAACUGGUUCAACUAUCUACACCACUACUACUGCAGAUGUUUCUGCCCCAACUACAACCACUUACACUACUACAGUCACAGACAACAAUGGCUCUUCAUCUCCAGAAGUUGUUGUUGUUGUGAUCACUCCAUCUCCAUCUACUUCCUACACCACUACUACAGGUCCAGUUUCUGUCCCAACAACAUCUACUUACACCACUACUGUCACUGACAGCAACGGUUCUUCAUCCCCAGAGGUUGUUGUAGUAGUGAUUACUCCAUCUUCAACUGGUUCAACUAUCUACACCACUACUACUGCAGAUGUUUCUGCCCCAACUAUAACUACUUACGCAACCACUGUUACUGACAGUAAUGGCUCUUCCUCUGCAGAAGUUGUUGUUGUUGUGAUCACUCCAUCUCCAUCUACUUCCUACACCACUACUACAGGUCCAGUUUCUGUCCCAACAACAUCUACUUACACCACUACUGUCACUGACAGCAACGGUUCUUCAUCCCCAGAGGUUGUUGUAGUAGUGAUUACUCCAUCUUCAACUGGUUCAACUAUCUACACCACUACUACUGCAGAUGUUUCUGCCCCAACUACAACCACUUACACCACUACUGUCAUUGACAGCAACGGUUCUUCAUCCCCAGAGGUUGUUGUAGUAGUGAUUACUCCAUCUUCAACUGGUUCAACUAUCUACACCACUACUACUGCAGAUGUUUCUGCUCCGACGACAGCUACUUACACUACUACCGUCACUGAUAGCAAUGGGUCUUCCUCUGCAGAAGUUGUUGUUGUUGUGAUCACUCCAUCUCCAUCUACUUCCUACACCACUACUACAGGUCCAGUUUCUGUCCCAACAACAUCUACUUACACCACUACUGUCACUGACAGCAACGGUUCUUCAUCCCCAGAGGUUGUUGUAGUAGUGAUUACUCCAUCUUCAACUGGUUCAACUAUCUACACCACUACUACUGCAGAUGUUUCUGCCCCAACUACAACCACUUACACCACUACUGUCAUUGACAGCAACGGUUCUUCAUCCCCAGAGGUUGUUGUAGUAGUGAUUACUCCAUCUUCAACUGGUUCAACUAUCUACACCACUACUACUGCAGAUGUUUCUGCUCCGACGACAGCUACUUACACUACUACCGUCACUGAUAGCAAUGGGUCUUCCUCUGCAGAAGUUGUUGUUGUUGUGAUCACUCCAUCUCCAUCUACUUCCUACACCACUACUACAGGUCCAGUUUCUGUCCCAACAACAUCUACUUACACCACUACUGUCACUGACAGCAACGGUUCUUCAUCCCCAGAGGUUGUUGUAGUAGUGAUUACUCCAUCUCCAAGUGGUCCAACUAUCUACACCACUACUAAUGCUGAUAUUUCUGCCCCAACUACAACCACUUACACCACCACUGUUACUGACAGCAAUGGCUCUUCCUCUACUGAGGUUGUUAUAGUAGUGAUUACACCACACCCAUCUGGUUCUGUCAUUUCAACCACUAUUACUGGUGCAGUCAGUGCCCCAACCACAUCUACCUACACAACUGUAGCCACUGACAGCAACGGUUCAUCUUCUACUGAGGUUGUUGUUGUUGUGAUCACUCCAGCUCCAUCUACCUUCUAUACGACCACUACUGGUGAUGUCUCUGCCUUGACCACAUCUACCUUCACCACCACUGUUACUGACAGCAAUGGCUCUUCCUCUACUGAGGUUGUUGUAGUAGUGAUUACACCACACCCAUCUGGUUCUGUCAUUUCAACCACUACUACUGGUGCAGUCACUGCCCCAACCACAUCUACCUACACCACUAUUGUUACCGACAACAAAGGCUCAUCUUCCACCGAAGUUGUUGUUGUUGUGAUCACACCAGCUCCAUCUACCUUAUCCACUACUACUACUAGUGCAGUCAGUGUUCCAACCACAUCUACCUACACAACUGUAGUCACUGACAGCAAUGGCUCUUCCUCUACUGAAGUUGUUGUUGUUAUAAUCACACCAUCUUCAUUUAGUAGCUUUAUGACAUCAUCAAUUUCUGUACCAUCUCCUCUCUACAGAAACUCAACUAUUCCUAGUGAAAAGAUUGAAUCUACUUUGAGUGGCACUCUAGUUGUUUUGACUACGGUUGUUAAUGGAGUUACUAUGACUACAACUUAUUGUCCAGAGCCAUCCGCAACUUCUGGAACAAGUGUGACUGCUAUCAUUGGACAUGGCUCUAUUGAAUCAGUUUAUUCAAAGAACCAACAAGAAGGGAUUAGCUCAUCUUCUGCUGUUUCCAAUGCAACUCCAGUCGCUUCUAUUGCUUCCCCUACUAUUUCUCAAAUGUACACCAAUAAUGAAAAUCCACCAAUAUCUGGAAACUCUAGAGGAUCUAGCACUGCAGUAGGUAAUGUUGAAUCUAGAAGACCAGAAACAUCAGUACCUACAGUGAUGCCACAAGUUUCCCAAUAUGUUUCUGAACAAUUAUCCUCAUCACCAACCGUUAUUGCAGCACCUCGUGAAGGUGCACCUUCUGUUGUAUCAUAUGAGGGUAAGGGUAGCACUAUAUAUAUGAACUGGAAUGUUGCUCAUUUUGUCAGCCUAUUAUUAUUUAUGAUUGUUUAA